CCGCCUACAACCACCGACAGCGUCCGAACCCAGUCCUGAGCUGACUCUGAGCUCUCCUCACAAUGUCCCAAUCCCUCCGGCCCUAUCUGCAAUGCGUGCGCACCUCGCUCACCGCCGCGCUCUCGCUGUCCAACUUCGCCUCACAAGCCUCGGAGCGACACAAUGUCCCCGAGAUCGAAGCUGCCAGCUCGCCCGAAGUCAUCCUAAACCCGCUGACGGUCUCCCGCAACGAGAACGAGCGAGUGUACAUUGAGCCGUCAAUCAACAGCGUACGCAUAAGCAUCAAGAUCAAACAAGCCGACGAGAUCGAACACAUCCUCGUACACAAAUUCACGCGCUUCUUGACGCAGCGCGCUGAGAGCUUCUAUAUUUUGCGACGGAAACCGGUCAAGGGAUAUGAUAUCAGUUUCUUGAUCACCAACUUCCACACAGAGGAGAUGUUGAAGCACAAGCUUGUGGACUUUAUCAUUCAGUUCAUGGAGGAGGUCGAUAAGGAAAUUUCAGAGAUGAAGUUGUUUUUGAACGCGAGAGCGCGUUUUGUAGCCGAGUCUUUCCUGACUCCGUUUGAUUGAGGAACGUGUGUCAAUGAGGGGUUGGACGGCAAUACAGGGGAAGUUUCAAGCACAAUGGAUCUCCUCGGAGCAGGGGCGACAUCAAGGAAGCAUACCUGGCAGCCAUGUGCUGUCAAGUGCAGAGCAUUGGCCGUAAUCAGAUAUUGAAAUGACAUCGGUCUCCAAGCAUCUGGCAAAUUCAAGAGUCACAAGGUCCCAUAGAUGUCAAUUAUCACUUCUUGCAAUGCGACAUGUUAGGGAGA